AACUAAACUUUUAUUUCCUAAUUGUCUCUUGCAUUAUUUUUCAUACAUACACAUAAAGUGCGUAAUAAAUAUACAUUAUACUAACAAAGUAUUUGUUUACACGCAUAUUUUGUACCUGUCAUGUGCUAAUUGUUGAUUAAUAAUUAUAUUGCAAUUUAACUAUCAAUAAAUAAUUAAAUUGUGAUGACUUGCACAAUCAGUCAUUUGUUUAUUAUUAUUGAAUGGGAAACAGCAAUCAUAAAAUAGAUCAUUAUUCUCGACGCAAAUAUAAUAGUCAGUGUAGCUUGAGUAGUAUCAUCAGUGGAAGUUGUACGGGACAAUCACAAUCUGUUUACGAAGAAUGUAGGCCAUGGUCACGAAUUUCUAGACGAACAUGGACUGAAGGAACAUUGAAUGAUCCAUUGAACUCAUCAAAAACAGCGUGGCCUGUACCGAAAUUCGAAGCUAUUUUUCUACCAGAAUUCAAAGUUCGAGAACAACCAAUUAAUAAUGAAUAUAAUUUCAUUAAAUUUAUCGCUAAAGGCGCUUACGGACGAGUAUAUAAAGUCGAGGAUAAGGUAUCUGGAAAUGUUUACGCUUUAAAAGUAAUCAGCAAGUCAAGAAUUAUCGAAGAAAAUGCAAUUGAGCAAGUUAAAGAAGAGGUGGCGAUUCAAAAAGCUGUCAGUAGUCAUCCAUUCAUCGUCCGUUCUUGUCAUCACUGGCAAGGCAGAAAAACUUUAUAUAUGUUGACAGAAUUUAUCAAUUGUGGUGAACUUUAUUAUUUAAUUCGUGAGUACAAGACAUUACCAGAAGAAGUUGUUAGAAUUUAUGUUGCUGAGUUAGCACUAGCUAUAGAUUUUCUUCACAAUGCUGGCAUUGUUCACAGAGAUUUAAAAGCUACAAAUGUGUUAUUAGAUAAUGAAGGACAUGCGGUACUAAUUGAUUUUGGCUUAGCUAAAUGGUUACGGCCUUUACAUCGUACAAAUACUUUUUGCGGUACUCAAGAAUAUAUGGCUCCUGAAAUUGUACGUAGAGAGUAUUAUGGUCAUGAAGUCGAUUGGUGGGCUUUGGGAGUUCUUACCUGUGUUCUUCUUACAAACAAGUUUCCAGAGACUUUAACUGAGGACAGUAUCCUUAACGGUAUUGCAAUUGUUCCUGGAAGAUUACCGGAAGAUAUUGAAAUUUCAAAAGCUGCUGAAGAUCUCUUAAAAAAAAUUCUAAAUCCGGAUCCUAGAGCUCGGUUAAGAUCAAUCUUCGCUUUACAACGAAUUGCUUUUUUUAUGGGACAUGAUAUUCAGAGUUUUAUCUCAAAAAAGGUCUCACCUUUCAAAUUACUCGGCAGAGAAAUGGGCCAUAGUGUACAAUUACAUGAGACUGAGUGCAAUGGUAUUUUAAAUAAUUAUCCUUCCAAUGAUAAUUUUAAUCGCAAAACUAAUUGAUAAAUCAAUCAACAAAUAGCAUCAAUAUUCUUCCAAUAAAUAUUUUUAGACAUUAAUUAGCAAUUACAAAAAAUUUACUGUUGCCAAUCAGGACGAUAUUAUUUGAUACUAAUAGCCAAUUUAACAAUUUAAUUACAUAACGAAAUAAUUCGUUACUUAAUAUUAAACUUUCUAUAUAAUAUUAUAAAGUCAAUUAUUAAUGAUAUAUGUGCUUAUGAAUCUCAGGAAUAAAUAUUAUAUAUUUA